AUGGUCGAGGUGAAGAAAUACUAUCUGCCUCCAACGCCGCUGAUACCCAAUUCACCACGCGCCUUGAUUCACUACCCGGGUAUCCUAGCCGGUGAAUCGGAGUGUGUCCCGGCGAAGAUCUACGACUUAUUCCUGAAGAACGGGUGGGAGACACAGUGGAUUUUUCGAUAUGGCUCAACCCAGGAUUCUCACUAUCAUUCUGGUGUGCAUGAAUGCAUGGCCGUGCUGUCAGGAUCUGCAACGAUCCGGUUCGGCGUUGCGGAUACCGUUUCCGAUCUAGAGGAGAGCACACAUGGCUCCGGCAAGGAGGAAGGUGGCGUUGAAUUGCAAGCGCAUGCGGGAGAUGUCUUUAUCCUCCCGGCAGGUACUGCGCAUAAGACCUUCGAUACGAGCCCAAGUGCUGAAUUUAAGUUGCUGACCCCGGGAGAUGGACACAGGGUUGCCGCUGAGGAUGUAAGACGUACUCUAGACACUAUCCAACUUUCAGGCUUUACCAUGAUUGGUGCCUACCCCAGGGAUGGUGGCGUUUGGGAUUUUGCGAAGGGCGGAGAGAGCGCAGGAGAUUAUCAGAAGGUGUGGGACGUUCCUAAACCAGAGAACGACCCCGUGUUGGGAAAGGCAGAGGACGGUAUCCAUGGACUGUGGUAG